AGUCGGAAAGCUAGACACGAGAACAGCCAACCAGAGAGUGUCUGUGUGAGAGAGGGAGCUCCAUAGAUCAACCAAAAAUGGCGAUAACACUCAAUAGUGGCUUCAAAAUGCCCAUGCUCGGUCUGGGUGUGUGGCGUAUGGACGGCAAAGACAUCAGAAAUCUCCUCAUCAACGCCGUCAAGAUCGGUUAUCGCCACUUCGACUGCGCUGCUGAUUACCAGAAUGAAGUAGAAGUUGGGGAGGCACUUGCAGAAGCAUUUCAGACUGGGCUUGUUAAGAGGGAGGAUCUUUUCAUUACCACCAAGCUCUGGAAUUCAGAUCAUGGACAUGUUAUAGAGGCUUGCAAAGCCAGUCUGAAGAAGCUCCAGCUAGAUUAUCUGGAUCUGUUCCUUGUUCACUUUCCCAUUGCCACCAAACAUACUGGUGUGGGCACAACUGGGAGUGCUCUGGACGAGGAUGGGGUGUUGGAGAUCGACACAACCAUAUCCCUGGAAACUACCUGGCAUGCUAUGGAAGAAUUGGUUUCUAUGGGUUUAGUUCGAAGCAUUGGGAUAAGCAACUACGACAUCUUUCUAACCAGGGAUUGCUUAGCUUACUCCAAAGUGAAGCCUGCUGUGAAUCAGAUCGAGACACACCCCUACUUCCAACGCGACUCCCUCGUCAAAUUCUGUCAGAAGCAUGGAAUCUGUGUCACUGCCCAUACUCCUCUGGGCGGCUCUGUGUCUAACACAGAAUGGUUUGGUUCAGUAUCAUGUUUGGAUGACCCAGCUCUCAAAGGUCUGGCUGAGAAAUACAAAAAGACUGUACCUCAGGUUGUUCUCCGAUGGGGCAUCCAGCGGAACACGGUUGUCAUCCCAAAAACAUCAAAGCUUGAGAGAUUGGAAGAAAAUUUCAGGGUUUUAGACUUUGAGCUGGCCAAAGAGGACAUGGACCUGAUUGGAAGCCUGGACCGGAAGCAUCGAACCAAUCAGCCUGCAAAGUUUUGGGGCAUAGAUCUGUAUGCUUGAAGGUGUCCAAGUUUCAUGAGUAUGUUCUCAGUUCUCUUAUGUCUUGCAAGAACUAAGAGUAGGGGAUUCAAAACCCUGGACAUCCUUUGUUCUCUCUACUGCCAUUGGAAAACUUUGAUUGAUCUUUGGACAUCAUUCUUCAAAUAACUACAUCUCUAAUAAUUCCUCUCAAUACAAAACCCUUCUGUCA